AUGAGCGGCACAACACCCUACGCCCCUCAACGACAUAUCAAUGAUAACUAUGACAUCGUCGGCUUCAUCUCGUCCGGUACCUACGGGCGGGUAUACAAAGCCGUGUCCAAACGCACAACACAACCUCCUCCAACCCACCCUUCAGGCCGCCCAAUCUCCGCAUUUGCCAUUAAGAAGUUUAAGCCCGACAAAGAAGGCGAAUUGCAAUACACUGGAAUAUCGCAAUCGGCCAUUCGAGAAAUGGCACUCUGCACGGAACUUUCCCACCCCGCAUUGAUUCAUUUGGUGGAAAUCAUACUCGAGUCAAAGUGUAUAUUCAUGGUCUUUGAAUAUGCAGAACAUGAUCUCCUUCAAAUCAUCCAUCAUCACAGUCUCCUCCCUCGGACGCCAAUCCCAGCGAGUACAUUGAGAAGUUGCAUGUACCAGAUCUUCUCCGGUCUGCUCUAUCUUCACCGCAAUUGGGUCGUUCAUCGAGACCUAAAACCCGCCAACAWCAUGGUCACAUCUUCAGGAUCAAUCAAGAUUGGAGACCUAGGACUGGCACGUCUAUUCUUCAAACCUCUCCAUGCGCUCUUCGCCGGUGACAAGGUCGUCGUGACAAUAUGGUAUCGGGCGCCGGAGUUACUGUUGGGGAGUCGACAUUACACUCCUGCGAUUGAUCUCUGGGCUGUGGGGUGCAUAUUUGCUGAACUUUUGAGUCUGAGACCGAUCUUUAAGGGCGAGGAAGCGAAGCAGGACUCCAAGAAAGCAAUACCCUUUCAGAGGAAUCAGAUGGGAAAGAUUGGGGAGGUGCUGGGUCUACCGAAGAAAUCUGAAUGGCCUUUAUUGUCUGCCAUGCCGGAGUUUUCGCAUCUCGCGAGUAUCCAGAGUCAAUUUCCUGGUGUUGCUCGACCUGUAGGCUUGGAGAAGUGGUGGAGGAAUACAGUUGGAGGGAAUGUUUACGGGAAGGYGGGACCGCCGGACAGUAGUGCAGAGGAGUUGUUGAGAGGAUUGUUCAUCUAUGAUCCGCUCAAGAGGUGGACUGCAGAGGAGGCUUUGGCAUGCAAGUACUUUUCCGAGGCGGGAGGUGGGAAAGAGAGCCUUUGGAACUGUUUUGAGGGAUUGGAAAAGGCGUAUCCGGCGCGAAAAGUCAGUAGUGAAAAUGAGAUUGGGACGGGGAGCAUGCCUGGCACGAAGAGGAGUGUGCUUCCCGGUGGUGAAGAGGGUGGUGGAAGGGCGAAGAAGAUCCGGGAAGCGUGA